AUGGCUGCGUCUGCGAUAAUCACCGGGCUAGUGGCCGCCGGUGGGCUCAUCUCGAAGAUCAUCCAGGCGGCGGAUACGGCGCAGCACAACAAGAGGGAGUGCAAGAACCUGGCGAGCCGAGUCCAAAUGAUCGCGGAGUUGCUGCCGCAGGUGCAGGAUCCGGAGGCGAUGCGGCCGCUGGCCGGGCUUGGCGAGGCGCUCACGGAGGCGCACGAGCUCGUCCAGUCCUGCCAGAGGAAAGGCCGGACCUACCGCUUCUUCGCGGCCGGCAGGCAGUCCGACAGGUUCCGGGAAGUCCAGGGCAGGAUCGACUCCUUACUCAUCCUCUUCCCGAUGAUCGGCCUUAUCGGCCUAGCUCGCCGACUCGACGGAACUGGCCACGUGUCGGAGUCGGACUCGGAGGGAGCUGAGGUGUUCACGCUGGCGGAGAUCACGGCGGCGACCAAAAACUUCGGCGUCGUCCUCGGCAAAGGCGACUCCGGCACGGUGUACAAGGGAAAACUCCAUGAUGGGCGCGAGGUGGCCGUCAAGCGGUUCAGGCACGGGCAGCGAAGCGCGGAGGCCACGUUCGGCACGGAGCUCGCCAUUCUCCACCCGGUCAGCCACGAGCACAUCGUCCGCCUCCUGGGCUCCUGCGCCGAGGACGAAGAGCGCAUGCUCGUCUACGAGAACGUGGACAACGGCACGCUCAGAGACCAGCUGAAUAAUAAUGCGUCCCCGUUGACGACGUCCUGGAAAGCGCGCGUCGGUGUGCUGCUGGGCGCUGCGCGCGCCAUCUACCACCUGCACUGCCGCGCCAUCCCGCUGCUCAUCCACUGCAACGUCACUUCGUCCAACAUCCUUCUAGACCGGAGCUGGACGCCGCGCCUCGCCGGCUUCGGCGCGUCGGUCUGGCGAGCGCCGGACGUGGAGUCCCAGGCCGUCGAUAUCGCCCAGACGUACGGGUACGAGGACCCGGAGUACUGCAGAACAGGCGGGCUGAAACCGGCCACCGACCUGUACAGCCUCGGCGUGGUGAUGCUCGAGGUGUUGACGGGGAACCAGCCGGUGGUAGCCGUCUGGGAGGAGACGAAGAAGACGAUGGUCGAUACAAAGUUGGUUUCCUGGGCGCUACCGACUAUUGAGGCCGGGCAGCUCGGCGACGUGCUCGACAGGCGCCCCACGACGGAGCCAACUCCGCAGCAGUGUCAGGCGCUGCAGCUGGUAGCGAGCACGGCAUCAAUCUGUUUGCGGCUGCAAGGAGAUAACCGGCCUGCCAUACCGGACGUCGUGGCAAAUCUCGAGAAGGCGCUCCAGCUCAUUUGCAACGAUAUGUUUGGUCGAUUAGGAAAAUGA